UCCGCCUCGCCAUCAGGAAACACAAGGCGAAUUUGCCUCCCUCGCAACUAAUCGCAAUCGCAUCUGCUUCAGCCGAUCGAUUUUACUCGCUGUUUCGCCUGCAGGCCUUCAAGAGACCUAAACUGGAACUGAAGCUCUUCAGAGGACAUCACUGUGGGGGUUUCUGUUUGUCAUAGGAGGCUUACACGCAAUGGAACCAGCCUUUGGCGAGGUGAAUCAGCUCGGCGGUGUGUUUGUGAACGGAAGACCGCUACCCAACGCCAUCCGCCUCAGGAUUGUAGAACUGGCACAGCUGGGAAUCAGGCCAUGUGAUAUCAGCAGGCAGCUGCGGGUCUCUCAUGGUUGUGUGAGCAAGAUUCUGGCUCGCUAUAACGAGACGGGCUCCAUCCUGCCCGGUGCUAUAGGCGGCAGCAAGCCGCGAGUUACCACCCCAACCGUAGUCAAGCACAUUAGGACUUACAAGCAGCGGGACCCGGGGAUUUUCGCCUGGGAGAUUCGGGACAGACUGCUGGCCGACGGCGUGUGUGACAAGUUCAAUCUCCCCUCUGUCAGCUCGAUCAGCCGGAUCCUUCGCAACAAGAUCGGGAAUCUGUCGCAGCAAAGUCAGUACGAGGCGAGCAAGCAGACUUCUCAUCCUCAGCCACAGCCUGCGCUUCCUUACAACCACUUAUACUCUUAUCCGACUCCGAUCUCAGCCACAGGGACUAAAGUACCAACUCCCCCUGGUAUGGCCGCUCUUCCGGGACAUAUGGCUAUGCACAGAAUAUGGCCUUCUUCUCAUUCUGUCACAGAUAUACUUGGCAUUCGAUCAAUAACGGAGCAGCAAAUUAGUGACAGUGUGUCCUUUCCCAGCGCCAAACUAGAAGAAUGGAGUGUUAUAAGCCGAAGUAAUUUCUCGUCAGCAAGCUCUCCACUAGUCAUUGGCGUGGAUAAGCCUCACUUAGAAGCUGACGCGAAAUACUCACAGAUGCCGAAUGGAUUGCCCACAGUGAACAGCUAUGUCACAGCUCCCAGCAUACAUCCCUACCAUCCUCCCACCCAAGUGUCGCCUUACAUGGGGUACAGCGCCACCACGUCGGCCUAUGUGACCGGCCCCACAUGGCAGCCACCCAGUGGCAGUGCUCUCUCUCCCCACAGCUGUGACAUCACUGCCCCUUUGGCUUUCAAGAGUAUGGCAGCCGCCCGGGAUUCCAUGCACCCCGUCACUGCCUCUGCAGUCUGAUUUAGACCAGAAGGACAGUAUACUGUAUGUGGGACAGGACUUUCCAGAAAAGCCUUUGCAGGAUGGACUUACGUGAACCCUCUGAGAUAUAUAUAUAU